AUGGCGGAUCUCCAGCAGGUAGGCAGUUAAUUGUUGGUUAGAAGUGUAAGAAGUAACAACUGAUGACAUACGUUGUGUUUAGUGGAGAAUGUUGUGUGACCGAUAUCAAGUGUCCAGAGCUUAUAUGGAAGACUCGAAUGCCAGAGUGUCGGUAUUCGCACCUGUUAAUGAUGUCUUCCUUUACAAUCCAGACCUGAGAGCCAUGGAUCAGAAGGAGACGCUGAGUCAUAUAAUAGAUACCCAGGUGGUGGAAAUCAGUGAGGGAAAGCGGUGGGAAAAACAAACUUUGAUCCGCAGUACUAUUAACAGUGGUUACGUUUAUAUUACGCAAUUUGAAAACAAUCCUGGAAACUUUGUAAGUGGAAUGAAGUCGAUCAUCAUUUACAUAUUUACUUGGUUAAUUCAAGCAACAUUUGCGGGCAGCUGAGUUUUGAAAACCAUCCGACGAUCAUAACCGGGGAAACAAAUGCCUUGUGUUUUAAAACUGAAGGCUAUUUGCUUCCGCGGGAGGUGAGCCUGGAUAACGCCGAUCACGUGUUCACCGUGCCGCAUUCGUUCGCUAAAGCAUCAUUAAUCUCACGAAUGCCACUGGUUCUAACCUACACAGUGGCUGUCUCCUAGCUUGUACAUGGGCGAGAAAAGGCUGCCCGGAAAUGUCGGUGUUGCCAGCAAAAAUUUUGCCCACAAAUUGGCUGCUCACAAGCGUCGCGACGCUGAAAUGGCCGGCGAAAACACUGGAUUAGCUUUUUGAGCGAUUUGAAAGAGUUGGGUGCUAAUCCAACUACUUGGCCAACCAUUUAUGCCUUUUUCUUUUUUUUAUUCAACUUUUUUUGGCUAGCCGUUAAUAAGACUUUUGUCCCAACACUUUUUGUCCCCAAUGAUUAUUUUUGAAAGUUAUUUGACCAGCUAGCCAAUGAGUUGAAAUCACAUCCAAAUUUUUUAAUGUCUAGCCAAAACCUAGAUUGGUUAGCGAAAGUGCCAGAAUAGCUGUGCAGCCUCGAAAAAAGCUAGUCAAAGGGUUGGAUCCAGGUUUUUACUAGCCAUUUUAAUAAUUUGGCUGUCAUUUGCAACUUUUUGACACCCAUUCCAACUUUUUUUUUGAGGCUAUCAAACGUCAUUCUGACAAUUUGGCAAGUUGAUCUAGAUCUUCGGCUAGCUGGUCAAAUAACUUUCAAAAAUAAUUAUUAGGGACAAAACUGUUCUGGGGACAAAAAAGUCCAAAAAAGUGGGGGCAAACCCGUCCUGGGGGCAAAACCGGGGCCCAAUCGUCACGGCCCUUAAGUUAGCAAAUUAUUUAAGACGGUGGGUCAUAAUCGCAGGGAGUCCUGUCAGUGUGUCUUAAAUUCCUUCCAUAGAUAUUUGCAGUCCUAUUUCGUCAAUGCGGGUCGCUUGUGCAAUCAUGAAGCAAAUCAGUGGGGUAUUAUCAGCGGGGAGCAAUAUCUCUACAAGAUAUGCACUCCCAUGGGCCACCGUCCAUACAUGGGGACAGCACUUUCGUUUAUCAGAGAUGAUGACAAUACCAUAUUUGUGGAUCGACAGUACGACAACCGUGAUAUCACGUAUGUAGCCGCAUUUUUAAACAGUCUUGCCCAUUAAAUAUCAGUCUGUCGGAAAAUAAUUUGGAUUCGUCGCGCCUUGAAAUCGCCCGUCAUCGCUCUACGACGGCUAGCCGCGGCUGGAGAUUUGGUGCGCGACUGCGACGAGGCGAGACAUUUUGUUGCGACAAAUCCACCUUAUUUUCCCGACGUACAGGAUAAACUAAAUAUUAUUUUUAAAGAGAACUCCGUGAUGUUCUGAAUCGGGUACCGGACAUUGCUUUGGUGAUAUUCGGGAGUUCCGCGUGGAAUGGCUUUCAUACCUUCUUCUUGCCGAGCAAUAAGGCCUUUGCCAAGGUCAUCGACCGGAAUAGAAUUGACCGAGAAGUCCUCUUGGCCCAUGUCACCGGUAUGAACAGAGUUCUGUUCACCUGGCCUUGGCUCUAUGAUGGGGGCGUCCACUUUUAUCCCUCUGUCAGAUUCUCCUCCAACAUCAUCGAGGACAAUUUUAAAGUAAAGCUGACUAUGAGGAAUAUAACUGAUCACAGAACCGGACGGUGGGAUCGUGAGUAACACUGAUUAGGAAAAAUGUAUUUCAGUAUAUGUGGUAUCCGAAGUGUACGAACGGUAUUCUCACUUCCGAAGAGGUGCCGUCUGGGCGAAGAUCUUGGUCCCAAACAUUCCGGUUCAGAACGGCGUCGCCCAUGUCAUUGACAAUGUUUUGGGGAUCGUCUCCAUGACAAUCGAUCAGAUGUUGAUGGAUAAUUAUCGUUGUACAACUCUGAUGAGAUACAUCAACACUAUCGGUCAGCUGGUCAGAAAUUAUUUUUCGGCCACGGGAGGUCUUGUCACCUUCUUUGCCCCUUGGAAUGAGGCGUUUGAAAGGAUCCCAGAGGCCAUCGAAAGGAGACUUCUGCGAGAUCGUAUCUGGCUAGAGCAAGUACUGAAGUUGCAUAUUGUACCAGCCAAAGAGUUGACAACCGAUGAGAUUACGAACGAAACCAUCGUAUCCACAAUCGAUAAUAUGCGGCAUCUCUACUUUAUACGGGGAGAAUGGCCCAAAAACAAUAUCAGUAAGUCUCAAAGAGAAAAUGAAAACCCAAAGAAGCACUUUCAACUGGUAGUAUGGGCAGAAAAAACUAUUUUUAUUAACAAGGGAAGCACUGCAAGUGCGACGCUCAUAUUUUGAUGAAACUUGGCACAAAUUUAGAACAAUUUUUUUCUAAGGUAUAUCCGAGUAUCCUAGCCCGCGCUUUGCAGAAACAAUCGAGAUUUUUAGAUUGAAAGUCGGCGAAAAUUUAGGACUUUUUGCCGAAUUUCGGCACAAAAAAUAUCAUGUCUAUUUCUACCGUAAAGGAUAAUGUUUCUACAAAAAAUCAAUUUUUUCCGCACGAAACUGCCAAAGUUACGACCAAAAAGCGUUUUUUUUUUCUGACCGCUCUCCACGUUUAGCGUGCUCUCUCGGCGGCAAAAACCGUUCGAUAUCUCGGCGGCGCCCGCAAAGCGCGAGGUAAAACUUUCAGGAAUUGAUACUUAGUCCAUACCCGACGUGUGCGCAAAAUUUAAAGAAAAUCUGAGUGUCGCACUUGGAGUACUUCCCCUGUAAGAAAAGAAGUAAAAAUCAGUGAAAACGAACAUGAUUUUCAAAAUCAGCACUACCGAAUUACUAUAGGGCUGCCCAAUAAAUAAUGUAUCUCUUUGAAAAAUUCACUUAUACGACAAGAUUUACCGUAGUAACAGCGAUCUACAGGGUGCGGCAAUUUUUCCGCAUCAGGACAAUUCCGGAAUUUGGACACUUCCGGAAUGGCGGAACAGUGACACUUCCGGAACCGGGGAAAAAUCAAAGAAGAGGCUUAGACCUGCCAUCUGAACCAUCUGACUGGAUUUAUUGUUAUUAAUCUCAAAAAUUUUGUUAUUUUUUUUUUAUUGUUACUUUUUUCUUAAAAGUAGUGUUAAAAAGUAAUUUUUCGAAUUUUUUCUAAAAAUACUCGAUUUAGGGGUUUUCGAGGUUGCUGAUUUCGAACAUCGGGUUCAUUUUUUCUGAACUUUACUAGUUUUCCUUAAGUAGUAGUGUUAAAAAGUAAUUUUUUGAAAUUUUUCUAAAAAUACUGGAUUUAGGGGUUUUCGAGGUUGCUUAUUUCGAAAAUCAUGUUUAUUUUUUCUGAUUGUUACUUUUUUCUUAUGUAGUAAUGUUAAAAAGUAAUUUUUUGAAAGUUUUCUAAAAAUACUGGAUUUACAAGGGAUCGGCAAAUAGUUGUAACCUGCUUUCUUAACGAAACCUAUAUAAUUUGAAAGAGCAUUAAAAAUAGUGCACAGCGCAAAAAAAAUAGCUGCCUAAAUUACCUUAGGGCAUAGAUACGACAGCUUUUUGAAAGGGGUUAUAUGCGGCCAAAACGCCGGUUCCUUAUAUUACAGUAAUCCUGGCGGUUUGAAAUCGUCUUUAUUAAUUUCCUGGUAUCCAAAAACGUCUAUCACGGUCGUUUUAUGGCUUUACCAAUCCUCGGUUAUAUGUUAUUAGACAUUACUGCUAGUUACAGUAAAUUGUAAAUAAAACUAGGUUAAAGGGAAAAUUGGAGCAAAAAGCUUUGGCAAUACAUUUAUAUGAUCGUCGUGGUCAUUCACAAACGAAAAUUUCAAAAUCGAAAAUUUCUUAUGUCCUAGCCUUACCAAUGGUUGGUCCAGUGUGUCAGCAAUAGUGUCUUUGGCCGAUUUUACAAUUUUAUCUUCGUAUUUUUUUGAUAAAAUGUAUAUUUAUAGGCCCUUGUAAGUUGAAUUAUCCUCCAGUAAUCAUAAUCGGUCAGGUUACUGGCACAACACCCUUGUAAUUAUACGAUAGUGACAUACCCACUCUCAUCACCAUCAAAUUUGUGGCCGUUUCAAAAAAAUUCAAAAACUCAGAAAAAUUGCGUAACCAUGGAUUUUGUCUGCGGAGGAACAAAAAUUAUUAAAAAAUGUCAACAUACCAUGGUUUUGGGGCAUAUAAGAGACGAAACGCAAAAUAUUUAGAGAGACCGGAUUCGAAACCAGGACUCGCUGCGCCGAAAGUGGGCUCACUACCACUCGGCCAACUGGACACAACUCUGUUGCCAUUCCGAGAGCUUAUAAAGCGAGGCGGAAAUUAGGCUAAAAUCUGUAUUUUGGCCAUAACUUUGUCCAAAGUGAAUUUAGGCAGCUAGUUCUUUUUGCGCUGUGAACUAUUUUUAAUCCUCUUUCAAAUGAUAUAGGCUUCGUUAAGAAAGCAGGUUACAACUAUUUGCCGAUCCCUUGUUAGGGGUUUUCGAGGUUGCUUAUUUCGAAAAUCAUGUUCAUUUUUUUAGUUUUUGACGGUUUUUAUAUAUUUGUUCGUAUUGUCCAUGACGAUUUUAUCUUGACUAGGACGAAUUCGGCGCCGUAAAAACUGUUGAGAUGUUGCAAAGAUAAUAUCACUGUGAAAGACAUAUAAUGACUGAAGAUUGAGAUCUCUGAAUUGUAAUUUUCGAAGGGGUCGGCCAUCGGAUUUUGACGAUCAGGCACGUCUGGCAGUCGUGGAAGACGACGAAAGAAGCUUGACAAAACACGACACGAAUGCUGGCUGACCCCUUCGCAAUGAAAACGAUUUUCGUAAUCAGCACCCUCGAUCGAGUAUUUUUAGAAAAAAUCCGAAAAAUUACUUUUUAACACUACUAGUUAAUCAAAAAAGUCAAAAUCAUAAAAAACGAGCAUCAUUUUCGAAAUCAGCAACCUCGAAAACCCCUAAAUCGAGUAUUUUUAGAAAAAAUUCGAUAAAUUACUUUUUAACACUACUCCUUAAGAAAAAAGUAACAAUAAAAAAAAAUAACAAAAUUUUUGAGAUUAGUAACAAUAAAUCCAGUCAGAUGGUUCAGAUGGCAGGUCUAAGCCUCUUCUUUGAUUUUUCCCCGGUUCCGGAAGUGUCACUGUUCCGCCAUUCCGGAAGUGUCCAAAUUCCGGAAUUGUCCUGAUGCGGAAAAAAGUAACAAUCAGAAAAAAUUAACAUCAUUUUCGAAAUCCCCGUCAUCGAUUACCUCUAUAUCCAACAUUUCUUACUCGGGGGUUCCUCUCAACAAGGGGUUCCUCUCGACGAGGGGUUCCUUUCGAUGGCAUUCCACACACAGUCUUAUUGACGAAAAAUGCUGAACAUUUUAUACCAAAAAUUGGAAACACAAAUUUUCUACCGUAAUCCGCUUAUUGAAACGCCGCACGAGUUCGAUUUCCCUUUUAGGCCGAAUCAACUUUUUUGCACCAAGACUGAUUUAUAACGUCUUAGAAACUCAAGAAACAUUAUUUCAAGCUAACAAGGAAAGUACCCGAAGUGCUACGCUCAGAUUUUUAUAACUUCCGAUUGAUUUUCACUCCUAAAACCCAAAAUUGGGCAGCUAACUUUUGCAUAUUCUUAAUCAGUACAAUUUCUCGGAUUUUUUGACACAUGUCCCGUCGAAAAGUAGGAGCCCCCAUAAAUGUACUUUCCUUGUCAAAAUUAUUUUUUUCAGCUUACUAUGUUGUGGGAGGAGGAGUUAAAACAGCCAUCCAAAUGGAUAACAUAGCGGCCACCAAUGGCAUCAUCCAUUACAUUGACCGAGUUUUGGGAGUCCCUUAUCAAUCUCUCUGGGAAAUUAUGAGAAAUGAAUCCAGGUUACAGUAAGCCCAAAUCCUUGAUACGCAGCUCUUCUAGAAUCAGCAAAAGUCAUCUGGAGAAUCUCCAGCUGAGAUAUUCCCUCGACCCUUGGCAAGUCCUGACUCCCGAGCAGAACUUUACGGUUUUUAUGCCAACAGAUGAAGCCUGGGAGAAGGUAGCACCCGCGUUGCGCAACAGGAUGACUGACGGGAACCAUUGGCAGGCCUUACAGUAUGUCUACAAAAGACAUCUAGUGCAAGGCCAAGCUCUCAUGUACACUGAUCUUAGGGAGAGGACUUAUAUCAUGAUGAAUGACGAGAAGGUUGUUAUUCGAAGGAGAGGCCGCUGUAAGCAUGUUUGGCUUUUCUGUGACUGCUAUCUUCAGCAAUACUUUGAAAAUUUUUUAGAUUUUGAAUUGUAUUGGCCCAGAGGAAAUCGCGUUGCUCGUGUAAUCGAAGGCGGCGAAAUUGCGGGGAUUAAUGGCUUCAUGCAUAUGAUAGACAACGUCCUCAUCUACGAACCCGAUCUCCGGGCAGCAACCGAAGCGAUGGCUCCCUUAAUGCUCAUUAACUCUAUUUCGUUGAUAUCUCUUUGGCUCUGCUGGAAGUGGAUGUUCGGAUAUCGCUUGGCAUUGUGGCUUUCACUGAUGCGAUAUACUCUUACAGUAGAAUUUUUAAUAUAG